UAUAAACCUCACGGAUCCCGAGACCUUUCCAACGAAUGCAAAACCGUGGAAAUCGGUUCGUGCCUUCUGGAGUUAUAGCGUCAGGAAGAAAAACCCGACUCAUUUUUAUUAUUUUUGUAUAUCGCAACUAGAAUGUUUUAGUCGAGUUUUGUGGUUCAUCUCUAUUUGACAUUACGAAGUUUAGGAACGUCUGUUUGACAACAAGGCAAUUUUGACAGGUAGUGACAUGGAAGUGGAACUGAUCAAUUUGUAAUUUAGUGGAUAUUUACAUUAAAUUUAUCUGUUUGAUCUAAAACUUUUAUCAGUGAAUAGACAAAAAUGGCAAAUUUCAACAACCCCAACGAUUAUUCGUGGCAAACUCAAAAUAAUAGCCAAAAUUACUCUUUUAACACUUCUAAUGCGUUUGCUGAUCCAGCGCAAACGUUAGAUUUUCAAACAUUUCCUACCGAUCAACAAAACUACUCAUUCGACCAAAACCAGGGGACUAUGACUGCCAAUAAUAAUCAGUACUAUAACUCAAACAUAUUUACACCAGCACCAGUGCCCGGCGAGCCUGUCGGCGAACCAACCGAGUUUGACGAACCGCCACUGUUAGACGAACUAGAGAUAUACCCAGAUAGAAUAUUGGAAAAAACUUUAGCUGUACUUAAUCCAUUCCACGGUCAAUCAAAAGCUGAUGAUGCCAACUUCCUACUGAGAGACACAGACAUAGCUGGCCCUAUUGCAUUUUGUUUAGCACUAGCAGUGUGUUUGUUCCUAGCUGGGAAUAAAGCACAUUUUGGGUAUGUUUAUGGGUUAUCUGUAAUGUCGGUAAUAUUGAUGUAUUUCCUACUAUCUCUAAUGAGUCGCACUGAGGGAGUUUUUACCCUACUGAGUGUAGCUAGUGUCCUAGGUUACUGUAUGUUGCCAAUGGUGGUAUUGGCUGGUCUUGGGAUUUUCAUCUCUCUUGAAGGAUCUGUGGGAUUAAGUUUGUCAGCUGUCGCUGUUAUCUGGUCGGCACUGUCGGCCAGCAGGCUAUUUGUCACUAUGUCUGGUGACUCUGAACAGAGACCAUUGAUUGCCUAUCCUUGCGCCUUAGUCAAUGGAGUUUUUGCUCUAUUAGUGCUCUUUUGAUUGUUUGUAAGUGUAAUUAAUAUAUGUAAUCAAUUUUGUAUUAUAUAAAGAGGAGAGGUUAUUAAAUUACUGUCAACAAUCUGUACAGAACUUUUACUAUGUAUAGCCAGAUACUUAUAAAGUGUUUUUUAUAAUAAUAAUAAAAAUAUACUCAAAAUUUCACAUAUUCCACUGUGUAAUAUAAAAUAAAAUUUAAUUCUCUUGAGUUUUAAGUUGCAAUAUAAGAUUCUAAUAAAUUGUAUUUUAUACAAAUAAAACAUUCUAAUUAAACCCCAAAGUUGUUUUAAUAAAUAAACUAUAAUAUUUAACUAGUUAUUACAUUCGAUUGUAUAACGUUGGUCGGUCACUGAAGAAGUUCUUGAGAACCAUAACUUGUGCGAAUGCUACACAAACAAUAGCUAGGGAUUCACCCAUGGACCACCAGAAUACUCUCUCAUUGAGAUCCUCGGCCCUUUUGCGGCCCUGAGCCUCUCUUAGCCUGUGGUGAGUUUGGUGGUCAAUGAUUCUGUUCAGGGCUGAGUGAAUUUCUUCAGCAGAAGUUUCCAGC